AUGCACAAUACUAGCGUGUGUUGCAACGUUUUGAUUAUCGGAGGAGGUCUAGCUGGUCUCUCAGCAGCUCACUAUUUCAAUUCGGUGGGUAUGAGCGACUUUUUAAUUGUUGAAGCAGACAAUAGAUUGGGAGGAAGAAUUUAUUCCGACUUGAAAACUGGUAUUGAAAUUGGAGCUGAGUUCAUCCAUGGUGAGGGAAAUAUGGCGUACGAUAUUGUUGCCAACAAGAUGAAAGUGCCAUUACACAUGGUGUUUGAUUUCUCAAAGACAGAUCCCAAACAACACGGAGCAAUGUAUUUCAUUGAUGGUAAAUUACACGGAAUUGAUUCCCCAAUUGCUAAGCAAAUGCUCAAUUACAUUGAUGAUUUGAUGAAUGAUGAGCAAUUGAAAAAAGGACCAGACAUGUCUGUUAAGGAAUGGCUGAUUUCCAGAAAGGUUCCUGAAAAGUAUCAUGUCUUCAUUGAUUCACUAUUAGCUAAAACUAAUGGAGGAUGUUUAUUAUCAGCUUCUGCUAAAGGUCUUCAAGAAGAAGGAAACAAGUGGCCAUACGGUUCUGGAAACUUUCAACUGAACGAUGACAAUUACAUGGAACCAUCCAUGAUGAAAUAUUUAACAAGUAAUUUGUGCUUGAAGGAUCAAGUCAGGUUGAAUUAUAAGGUUUACAACAUUGAUUACACAUGUAAAAAUGGAAUGAUUAAGGUGAACAAUGGAGAAAUUAUGUGUAACAAAGUUAUUUUAACGGUUCCAAUUUCUGUAUUGAGAAGCCAACAAAUUGUUUUCAAUCCACCAUUGUCUCCCUUGAAGACGCACAUUAUUCAGAACAUGCUUCCAAUGCAGAGUGGUAUGAAGGUUGUGUUGAGGUUUAAGAGACCAUUUUGGAGAGAGCUAAUUCCAGACACAAAUAUCAUUAUUCUAGGUGAUAACCAUCCAUUUGUUGCUCAAUUAUGGUUCCCUCAUGUUUCCCAGAAGAAGCACGAUGAGUUUGGCUAUUACUUAACUGGAUUCAGCAUGGGAAAUAAGACUGACAACGCAUUAUUCUAUUCUGAAGAAGAAAUUGCCAAUAGUGUGAGAGAACUAGUUCAAAAAGUUUUCAACCUCAACGCCAAUAACGAUGGAUUUAUUGGGGGAAUUGUGAAGAAUUGGCAGUCAUUCCAAUUUGUUGGAGGGUCUUACUCAUUUGCUGGAGUUUCUGACGCUUCAAGAAUGAAUUUUGUUGAGAACUGCAGAGAAGUGUUAGCUGAACCAAUUGAGAAUAGAAUAUUUUUUGCGGGAGAAGCUUAUGCUGAUUACUCUCCUGCAUCACUUCAUGGAUCCUUAGAGACGGGUCAAAAAGCAGCACAAACAAUUAUGUCUAAACAUUCAAAAUUAUAA